AUGUCGUUACCUAAAGCUUACCAAAUUGAGAUCAAGGCCCUCGAUCGACUCAUACUUGAACGUUAUCCCACCGAUAUCCUUCAGUUCUGCGCAAACUACUUUGCCAGGUGCCUCAACCCCGACAGAGAACAUACUGAACGCUUCUCUACGCCCCCGAGUGUCGGCGUAAACAUAAAAUACACGUCUGUCGAGCCGACGCCUGCACCCCAGACCAUGUCUGCCCCCUUCGCCAGUCCCUUCGGGGCCAACGCCAACCCCUUCGGCGCUCGCGACGCUUCACCCGCCGCUGGCAGCAACGUCAUGCACAGAGUGAUUGAGGAGGACGAAGCAGACACGAUCGCCUCACCCACGUCCCCGAGCUUUGGUGUCUCUGCCCAAGCUUUUCGCAGCCCCUUUGGCAACGCUAGCUCUUUCGGCAACAGCAGUCCCUUCGGCGGUGCUGGCGACGCCCCCUUCGAUGGCCCUCCGACCGUUCGAAGCCCUCCUAACCCUGAGAACUACCCUGCCGAGUACAACUUUGGCCGCCGCACCUCAGUGUCGGCCGAGUCCUUGCAGCCGUCAGCAGACUCAACCGAAAGCAAUUGGACGCCUCCCUAUCACGAGAAGACACCCGAGCAGCUCUCUCGCUUGCAAAAAGCUAUGGAGAACAACUUCCCUUUUCAGCCACCUAGAGAUGAUUCCAGCGCCCAGAUCCUGGGGGCGCUUAACUUGAAGCUAUCUCGUAAAAGAUAUUCAAGGUAUUGA